GGAUUAGCGUGGUGUGUGGUAGGAAUACGUCGUCCAGCUUCACGUAGAUUUAUCCCUUUUUCCUUCCUCUCCAUGCUUGAAGUUCUCGUCGAUAGCUGCCUAGAUAGUUGAAUAGCAUCCUAUUCAUCGUCUAGUUGAGUUCCGUGACAAUAUCCAUCAAUCCCCAAAGCUGCAGCUGCAUUUGACAUCAAUUCACAAACCCUCUGAAAAUGGCUGAAAGGGGUCUCUGCCAGUACAGAUACUAUCACAAACUGCAGAAAGCUAUCAACAACUGAAGAAUCUACUCCAUCAACAUGGAUCCUUGGUCUGUUCGCGUUGGGUUAGAGCCGUACUACUAGCGAUAUAUGUAUCCUGGCAGCACGCAACAGACGCCACGAAGAAUUCUUUCUUUUCCUUCUCAGGCAAACCUUGUUUUCUGUCUUCCGUUACCUCCUACUCUAGUCACUCGUUAGGUCUGUUCUCUGCCUGUUUUGUAUUCGCAAUCUCUUCGUCUUGCCUGCUUUUAUCUUAACCAGCAACCUUUUUUCUGCCCCCGGGAAAAAUGCGUCCUAUUGCCCUCCUUGCCAUUUCCCUCGUGGAAUACGCAGUUGCAGAGACUGUGACGAGUCUGUUCUUGCCUGGGUUCGACCAACAGCCUCUGGUGGGAUCGAUCAAGGGCCACAGCGGCUCAACAACCACUUACGCUAUUCAUUGUCGUCCGGGCACUGAUGAUACCGAUUGUGGCGUCCCCAUGGGCGGCCUGGUCAUCACCCAGGCACCGGAUUAUGCGGGAUUCAAUGUAGAGGAAAAAGACAACUCUAUUUCUGUGAACCUCUCUUGUGACCUGCACAAUAUCAAGAGUGUCAGCUGUGUCGAGACGAUUGCUGGUUCCGAAGCCAACGAUCCCGGGACCAGCUCAGGCGUCUUCACUGGCGAUGAAGUUUCGUCCAUGUUUCUUCCUGUGACGAUUACUGCUGGCGAUGCUGCUGUCACUGGGGCGUCGGCCUCUGGUUCUACUGCUUCUGCCACCGCCGCUGCCACCACCGAUGCUUCCUCGGUUGGGACUUCUGCUUCGUCUCGGAUGACGAGCGUUGCAUCGACUGCGUCUUCCACUGCUUUGAGCAACACUCUGUCGGCUAGCCAGAGCACUGGUGGUGCUCCUCAGGUGACCGGUGCCAUCGGAUGGGGUGCUGCGGCGGCGUUGGCAUUGGCUGCUUUGUAGGCUGUUUCAGGCCGUGGGCAUGUUUUACAUGGCCAUAUGCCUUUGGCUCUUUCCCUGUCUCAUUGAUAUGCAUAUUGUUCUAUACUAUAGAAAAUGAAGUCGUGCAAUC